AUGUCGGACAGAGAGCAGCAGCCAGAGUCGGCACCGUCUCCGUCGGUGACGGAUGCCGCCGAAGCGUUGGCGCCGCCGCUUCAAGACGGCCGUGACUAUCCCGACGAAUCCAGCUCGGCGCUGCCGCGGGACCCUCCGCCGUUCGAGCCGCUUUUCACCCUCUUGACCAACGUGACGACCAACGCGACUGUCCAUCCGCGCGUGCAAUACCUCUUCUCCGACGAUGACACCUCUGUCCUGUCAAAUGCACCUCCGGCCGGGCAGCGAGCCGUCGUUGUCGAUCUCGCCCCUUCGGCCGACAACGCCCGCUGGGCCGUCUCCUCCACGUCGAGCCUGACGUCGGACUUUGCCAUCACGGGCUCCCGCAUUUCCGGCCCGUCGGCCGACGGAGGUGAUGCGCCCGACUCGGGUGCGUCGGCGGCGACCCUGCGCGUCGAAGGUGUGGAGAGGGAACCCGUGGAUCCGCGAUCGGAUGGUUCGCCUGGCGGCAGCGCUGGCACCGUCGCGGCUGGGAGGGAGGACAUGGUAGCCCUCUCCGACGACUUUCGCCGGAGAAUGGACGUGUUGAGAAGUGUUGUCGGCGAGGGAGAGAAACGCAGAGAAGCUUCUGCGAACCAACAGAUGUCCCUGCGAGAAACUCGGGGUCCGUAA